UUCCAAACGAGAAGAUCUGGGGAUGGGGACAGGCAUGGGGAGGAAAGAAAAGUACCUGUGGGAGGAGGAGAGCAUGGUUGGUGGUCUCAAGGUCCAAAUACAUCUUUCUCAAGUCCAAAUUUCUGCAUCCACCUCAUCCGGUUAUCUCCUGUGUCUCUUUCUGUGUUUUUCUUUGUUGAUCUGUCUCUGCUCUAGGCCACUUUGUGGUGUUUUGUUUUUGUUUUUGUUUUUGUUUUUCAGUUUUGGUUGUUUUGUUUCUUCUUUUUCCUCCGUUUCUUCCUGUGGGUUUUAAACUGUCUUUAUCUCCCAUUUUUCCUCUUUUUCUCCUCAUCUUUUCGUCUAUCACUGAGCCAUCUCCUACCUCCUCCUCCCACUUGAGGGAGGCAGGGAUAAAUCGCUCUCCUUUCUCGUCCCCUCCCCCAAUUCUUUACUCUCUUAUUUUUUCUCCCCCUUUGCCCAGUCUUCUGUUUCCAGGCGGACCCUUUAUUUUAGGUUCCGUAGUUUCCCUCCCCGGAGGCCUGACCGAGGAACACCUUUUCGGGGUGGAACGACAUGCAGUAACACGCCUCACAAUUCAUUUCCGCCCUUCACCGCGUCUCUGCUUGCGUCAUUUCCGCCAGCCUUGGAGUGUCUCCGCCCUUCCCGCCUCUGUUCCUCCGAGCGUCUCAAACACAGGCCUUGGGCCUACAGCUCUGAGGCUCAAGAGCUCCAUGGCCUCCACUUCCCGCCGCCAACGCCGAGAGCGUCGCUUCCGUCGUUACUUGUCUGCAGGACGGCUGGUCCGGGCCCAGGCCCUCCUCCAGCGACACCCAGGCCUUGAUGUAGAUGCUGGGCAGCCCCCACCACUGCACCGGGCUUGUGCCCGCCAUGAUGCCCCUGCCCUGUGCCUGCUGCUCCGGCUCGGGGCUGACCCUGCCCACCAGGACCGCCAUGGGGACACAGCGCUGCACGCUGCUGCCCGCCAGGGCCCUGAUGCCUACACGGACUUCUUCCUGCCAUUGCUGAGUCGCUGUCCCUCUGCCAUGGGAAUAAAGAAUAAAGAUGGGGAAACCCCUGGACAGAUUUUAGGCUGGGGACCCCCGUGGGAUUCUGCUGAAGAAGAGGAAGAAGAUGAGGCUUCCAAGGAGCAGGAAUGGAGGCAGAAGCUGCAGGGAGAGCUGGAGGACGAGUGGCAGGAGGUCAUUGGAAGGUUUGAAGAUGAUGCUUCCCAUGAGGCCCAGGAACCUGAGUCCUUCUCAGCCUGGUCAGACCGCCUGGCCCGGGAACAUGCCCAGAAGCACCAGCAGCAGCAGCGGGAGGCACAGGGAGCCUGCCGACCCCAACGGGCUGAGGGCUCCAGCUACAGCUGGCGACAGCAGGAGGAGGAGCAGCGGCUCUUCCAAGAGCGAGCCCGGGUCAAGGAAGAAGAACUGCAUGAGAGCCGAGCCAGCAGAGACCCAGGGGCAGAGCCAGCCAGGGCUGGGCCCAGGGCAGAGCACACCAGAGGGGCAGGGAGGGGCAGCCUCUGGCGCUUUGGUGAUGUACCCUGGCCCUGCCCUGGAGGAGGGGACCCAGAGGCCAUGGCUGCAGCCUUGGUGGCCAGGGGGCCCCCCUUGGAGGAACAGGGGGCUCUGAGGAGGUACUUGAGGGUCCAGCAGGUCCGCUGGCAUCCUGACCGCUUCCUGCAGCGAUUCCGGAACCAGAUUGAGACUUGGGAGCUGGGCCGUGUGAUGGGGGCUGUAACGGCCCUUUCUCAGGCCCUGAAUCGCCAUGCAGAAGCCCUUAAGUGACCCCAGGGAAAGAGCAAGAAACUGCUGGGGAUGAAGCCUUAGGGGUGGGGCAGAAGGAAGGGAAAGGUCUAGGAUGGGGAUGAUAGGACAAGGCAGCUGCUGCACGACAGAGGAUGUGG